AUGGCUCUCAGCGCUGCCACGCUUACGCGUUAUACCGGAAACUACAAGAACGACACAUCAGCCGAGCGCUUCGCGAUCACCCUCGAUGGCGCCAUCAUCAAGCUCGCUUGUUUCGACAAGGUCACUGGAGCCAUCACGACCAGCUCCAUACUGUCGAUCGACGCUUCCACAAUGCGCAUGGGAGGCGGAACGAAGGAACAGGUUCUCAAGAACGCGGAUCUGAGAACGACUUGGCGCCUACAUCCCAAGUACACUAUGGUCAUGUUCGCCAUGCAAGGAGAUGAAGUCGGCAGCUUCACGAUGAACAAGGUCAAGUAUUCGCGCUAUCAAACCGGUGAGAGCGCUCUGCUCCAACUUCCUCCUGAGAUCCGGCAAGACAUCUGGAGGUAUGUCCUCGACGACCCCGGUACUAUAGCCAUUUCAGUACCAAAGGAUGGCAAAUCCUUCCUACAAGAUCCGGCUCGCGGUAAUGCACCGUACAAUCGCAUUUCCGAAAUCUGCAAAGAGUUCAGCAGAGAGGCCAGGUAUCUGGAGAUGUCUAUCAACCAUCUGCGCGUCGAAGAAGAUCGGGGCCUGCAUUUGGUCAGAGUGCUCAAUCUGAGCGAUGCAUUUCUGGAUCGCACGAUGCGCACGGUCACGUAUGUGUCGAGCUGGGGUCCUGAACGUACACCUCGCCUACCAGUUCUUCACGGUCUUCUCAAGUACGCCAAGAAGAACGAGCAUGUCAAGAUUGACAUCAAGUUGAAUAGGUGGAGUCUGGUGAACGCGAAGCCGAUAUCAAUCCGGGAGGGUUUUGUUCGGUUUGGCAUGGGUCUAAGCAAAGCCUUCAGGGGUGCGAAGGAGGGCUCAGAUUGGGACACAAUCUUCGUGGAGAAAUUUUGGAGGUCGAAUGCGAAGUUGGAGGAGGUGAAUGCUCACAAUGUGAGAUUCUGGCCAAAGGAUGGGGAGUUGUCGGAGAAGGAUUGGGGUAAGGUGAAGUCCGCAUGUGCCGUUAAGCCCUUCAAGAAGGUCAUCUCUGGCUAUGGUGUCAGCGAUAAAGAGGCCUUGGACAACCUUAUGUUAGUCCUGAAGAGCUACUAUUCUAAGGGUGCAUAA